GCUACGGUCCGAUCACAUGCCUCUCUUUCUCCUCCUCCUCCGUCCUUCCGCGUCUUCCCAUGAGCUAUCUGUCUAGGGUUUUCGUCUUCCUCAAAAAAAGAUUUCAGUCGAUUGUUUUCCCUCACAAUUUACAGAUAAACACAAUUUUUAAUUCCUUUAUUCAUUUUUUUUUUCUUAUAUAUUAAUAAGAAAGUGUCGUAGCACGGUGGUCGAAGCUUGUGCUGGAAUCGGAUCUUACUUCCUCAGGAAGCACGCUUUGAGAGCUUGCUCUAUCGAUAUAGCUUUUCUAGUCUAUGGAUAUCGAAAACGGACCCGAUCCCUCAGAGACUAAAACUUCGGUGCAAUCACUAUGGGACGAAAUGAACAAAGGAGUAUCUAAUAUAACCUGCAAACCGACCACAAACAAGUAUAUAUCAAGCAGGAAUGGAACGUCUGAGAGGAGAUCCAAUAACUGGAUGGCAUAUCUUGGUCUGGCACCUUUGCAAGAAACAGAACAGACAUCGUCUAGCAUUUUUGAGAAUGGUUCUGGUGGUGUCUCGAAGAGUGUUGCUGCAAUGUGGGAGGAAAUGAAUCAAGGAAGAUUUAAUAGGAGAGUCAAAUCAUACUCAGUUAGUCCUAGUUCAACUGUUGAUGCUAAAACUAAUGAGAAGGUAUCUGAGAAUUGGAAGAUGUAUCUGGGGUUGGAACCAAAGAAAGUAGGAUCCCUUGAACAGGGCGUGCUCCGGAAAGAGCCUAUGCAGAAUGGAGCCAGUGAACAGGCCAAGAAACUUGCUGCUGCUGCCCUUUCAGCAGUUAAAGAUGCCAGUGUUACUUCAUUGGGCAAGGGGAAAAUUGAGAUAACUGAGGUUCGGGACUUUGCUGGUCAAGAAAUUGAAUAUAAAAAGCUUGUUGAUGCGGACUCAAAGGAGGCAACUGAAAAGUCCAAAGCUCCUGCAUCUUCAGCUGUUGAUGCCAUUCUUGAACAAAUCAAAAAGAAACCAAAACUCAGUGUUCUUGACAAGACGAAGAAGGACUGGGGAGAGUUCAAGGAAGAUAAUAAAGGCCUGGAAGAUGAAUUGGGUGCUUAUAGGAAGAGCUCAAACCAGUAUCUAGAGAAGGUCUCCUUCUUGCAACGAACAGAUCUCCGAGAAUUUGAAAGGGAGAGGGAUGCUCGGUUGGCUCUACAAGCCAGGAGGAGACCUGACAUGUGUGAGGAGCCAUGAAAAAAAAUAGGCUAUGAUUGAAAACUUGGAGUGAGCUUUUUGUUUUCACUGGGAGGAGAGGCAUGGGGUUUUUAAUAGAGAGAGAGACAAAAUGGUCGGGAGCUGCCAAAGAUAGGAGAAGACAUAAGAGAGCUGUUUAAAUGUUUUAUUUAUCCUUCUAAGGUGUUCAUUGGAGGCAGGACCAGCUACAGCUUGAUGAAUGAAAUUUCACUUCUUCUGUCUCCUUUUUCCUUUCAUGAUUCAUAUUAAAUUGUUCUGGCGUCAUUUACCAUUCCAUUCAUCUCCUGCUACAGUCUUGGCGACAUUUGAUAUGUUGCAAAAUUUGACAGUGAAUGUCAUCAAUGCCCA